UGAAUAUAAAGUACAGAACAGAUAUGCACAGCUCACAGUAACGCUUGGUGAAUAGUCCAGUAUACACUUUGAGAGAAUUGCAACAAAGAUUAACAAGAUGCGAACAAGGUCAUUAGUACUAGUAUUAGGCGUAUUUCUACUAGUCCAAGUAAUCGUAGCAAAACCCAGCAAAGACUCUAGUUCUUCUGAAAGCGACGAAGAAAAUAGUUUGGAGGAUGUUAGGAAGCAAAUAAAGGAUUUUCUGGAAAAACGUCUUGAGGAAAAAGAUCAGUUAACUAAGAGAAACAAACUUUUCAUUGAAAUUAUAAGUGAUUUUGGAGUAUUUACUAAAUUUGUUGUACGUGAAGGUUUAAAAAUUUUCAAAAAAUUAUUAAAAGAACCAUUUUUGGAAAUAUUAAACACUGAUGCUAUUAACGAGAGAAAAGCAGAUUUCAUCGAUUUUGUUCAAAAAGCUGAAGAAAUGAAAACAAUUAAACAAACCAUCGAUAAUUUCAACAUCAUGCAAUUUGCACUUAGAUAUAUAGAAAUUGUGGACACAUAUAAUAUAACAAAAGUGACUAAUCCAACGGAAGAGGUUGUCAUUUUCUCUUUAGCUUUGCAAAAGAAUGGCUUGACAAAAUUUAAAGAUGAUGGUGCGAAAGAAUAUGAGAAAUUCGAAAAACAUCUUUUUAAACGACUUGAUGACUUUGUGAAUUCACUAAGUUCAGAAGAAAAAGAAAAUGAGGAGAAAUUGAUUAAUUGGAUAAAGGAGUAUAAGGAAACUCCAGAAGGUGUACAAAGAACAGAAAUGUUUGUGAAAUUUAUUGCAUUUUAUGAUGAUGCAACCCAGAAAGAAAUCAUCGAAUAAAUAAGAAUUAAAAAUUUAUCAUCAAUGAUAUAAGUGUAAAACUAUGUCAUGUAAAGACAUUAUCUCGAUAUUAAAAUUUUAAUAAAUUAAACGUGUGUAAAAUGAA